AACGCGCCUCGCCUCAUUACCGCAAGGUGGGAUAGAGUAGGUGCAAAGCGUUUGUCGGCACCAGCUGGAACAACGGAACAGUGUCGCCUGAUCGCUGUUCGCGCGCACCAAGCGAACUGUUCGGCUACAUCCGGCGAACCGGGCACGUCCAGAGGGCGGGCUUCGCCUGCCGUAGUCAAAAAGGGUCCCGCUUCGACUGGCUGCUCUCAUUGCAGUCCAGUCUGCCGAGCGGAGCACAGCGGAGCGGACUGACAGAGAAACCAGACCCGGCUCCAUUCAAGGAUUUUUUUUUUUUUUUUUUUUUUUUUUAAACCUCCUACAGUUCGUCCUACAACACAGGACCGAUAAGGACUCGCACCUCGCCUUCCGUGGAAAAUGUUCCUCUUGCAGUACACGGGACUCAACGCUCUGCCCUUCGAUCCAGCAGCCAACAACGAUCCUCUUCAGUUCAACGGUUCUAGUGGUCCACUUGGGACUGAGUGCGCUCCCUUGGAUAACACUGCUGAAAACGGCAAAAAGAGAAAGAGAGCCAGCCUCCCUCCAGAAGGGAUCUGUAACAUGACGAUGGACUCCAACUCGAUGACGAUGCCCAUGUCUGACCCCAACCCCUGGGCAGCUGCUAUGAAUAACAUGGGGAUGCCUCCUAUAGGAAUGACAGGACAGCCACUUCUACCAGAUUUUGAUCCUAACCUUGGCAUGAUGGCUGGAAUCACCCCCAUAAACCCCAUGAUGCCCGGCCUCGGCAUGGUGCCCACACCCGUCUCCCAGGACGUUCCAGUCGUGAAGGAGAUCAUCCACUGCAAGAGCUGUACCCUCUUUCCCCCCAACCCCAACCUACCUCCUCCUGCCACAAGAGAACGCCCUCCAGGUUGCAAGACUGUGUUUGUUGGCGGUUUGCCGGAGAACGCCACAGAGCAGCUCAUCAUGGAGGUCUUUGGACAGUGUGGCGACAUCACGGCGAUUCGCAAAAGCAAGAAGAACUUCUGCCACAUCCGAUUCGCAGAGGAGUCCACAGUGGACAAGGCUCUCUUUUUGUCUGGUAAGUUCUGAUAGCUGUUAGACUUUGGUUGUGCUAAUU